AUGCAACCUAUCCUAAGAGCCAUGCCUGUCGAAAAGAUUGUCCCUCUUCUCUUGACAGUUGGCAGCGCCACAGUCGUUGUUGGUGGUGUUCGCACAACGCUCAAGCCACAGACACAAUCACGGUCUUUUGAUAGAAGACUUGCUUCAUACAGCACAGCACAAAGUGAAAAGACUAUGACGACAAUGAUUUACAGCACUUGGCUAGAAGAUUAG